CAUUACCUGAGAGUCUUCCAGAAGUCGAUUCAUUUCCGCAUGUGGAAGCGGAAAACAAUGCUUCUUUAAAUAAUGAAGACGCUAGACCUCUCGUGGGGAUCAUUUAUCCUCCACCGGAUAUACGAAAUAUCGUUGAUAAGACUGCCAUAUUUGUUGCAAGAAAUGGCGUACAAUUUGAAGAACGCAUCCGCGAAAAUGAAAAACAUAACGCCAAAUUCAGCUUUUUGAAUCCCAACGAUCCGUAUCACGCUUACUAUCAGUAUAAAAUCGCCGAGACCAAAGGUGGUAAAGUUUCUAAAAAGGCUGAACCAAAAGAGCUUAAAGUAGAGGUUAAGGAAGAAGGUUUUCUACCAAGAGCUCCACCAAAGGAACCUCCACCUUUUGAAUUUAUGAAUGAUAUGCCUUCUAUAUCAGCACAGGACCUUGACAUUCUGAAGUUAACAGCUCAAUUCGUAGCGCGUAAUGGACGAAAGUUCAUGACAGCUUUAUCGCAGCGUGAACAACGCAAUUAUCAAUUUGAUUUUCUAAGACCGAAUCAUAGUUUAUGUAAUUAUUUCACGAAAUUGGUCGAACAGUAUACUAAGGUGUUGGUUCCGCAAAAAAAUUUGAAUGAAAAAUUAAAAUCUAAUGUCGAUAAUAAGUAUCAGAUAUUGGAACUUGCAUAUGCAUCAAUUGAUUGGCAUGAUUUUGUCAUUGUGGAAACUGUUGAAUUUACUGAAGCCGAUGAAACAAUUGAUCUCCCUCCACCUAUGAGUAUCAUUGAGUUGGAAAACAUGACCCUUGCCCAAAAGAAGAUGGCAUCAGUUAAUAUUGUAGAAACCCAUGAAGAUAAAGCAGCCGAGAUUGAUAUGGAGAUGGAUGAAGAUGUUGACAUGGAAGAAGAGGAGGAUGACCAAGCAGCGGUGGAUGAUGAUGACCAGGAUCAAGAAUUGACACCUACUGUAACAGAAAUUAAACCUCCAGAUACGUCUGCCCCUAUGAAAAUUGUUAAAGAUUAUGUACCCAAACCUUAUGCGCCUAAAGCUACCACCGAAAGACAAACGGUCAUAUGCCCAAGAUGUAAUCAAGCAGUUCCUGUGGACGAGAUGGAUAAUCAUGUCCGUAUAGAAUUAUUAGAUCCUAAAUGGAAAGAACAAAAGAUGGCAGCGGAUGCAAAGAAGAAAGAAUCAAAUUUGUUACAAGAGGGAACGGAUGUUGCUAAAAUUCUCAAGACAUUUUCCGGAUAUCGUUCCGAUAUUUUUGGAAAUGAGGAAACUGAAAUCGGUCGAAAGAUUGGGGAAGAGGAAGAAAAGAAGAAACGAAUUGAAAAGGAAAAGGUUGUAUGGGAUGGGAUGCAACCACAUAUUUCCUCUACUCAACAACCUAUAUUCACCGGUUAUCCAUCUCACACAACGCAAAAUGUUCCAAUACCUCCGGGACCUCUACCAGUCGCGUACUCUGGUUAUGUUGGGUCUUCUGCACCAUUUGCACACCAAUUACCGGGUUUUAUUGCACCAAUCGCACCUCAAAAUGUUAAUAUGACUUCCCAACAACCCUCUCAAGUCCGCCCACCUAUCCCGCCAAUUCCUCAACUUCGCCAAUCUUUACCAGAAAACAAUGUUUUAUCUUCUGCUCGCAGCCCUGAGUUAGGAGAUAUUGUUGCUGCUACCCAAAGAAUUUGUGCUGAUAUCCUGGCCCAAGCCCUUGACGACGAGAAAGGGCUAAAAAAGUAG